AUGGAAAGCUUUAGGUUCAUUUUCGAGCUCAUGGCAACUAAGGCCACUGUAGUCUUCGGCUUGUUCAUUCUAGUUCUAUGCCUUCUUUACCGAGCAUUGCUACCCCGGCCUCUGCCCGGUAUCCCGUACAAUGAGUCAGCAGCAAAAUCGAUCCUAGGUGAUAUGCCCGAGAUAAUAGGCCAUGGCCAGAAGACGGGAGAGAUGUUUGACUGGCUUGGGGCGCAGAACAUCAAACAUCGUUCGCCCAUAAUACAAGUCUUCGGCAGACCGUUCAGCAAGCCUUGGGUCAUUAUUUCGGAUUUCUACGAGACACAAGACAUCCUGGUUCGCCGAAGCAAAGAAUUCGACAGAUCAGCAUUUACUGCCGACAUUUUGGGCGGCGUCAUCCCGGAACACCACAGCAGGUGGCAGACCAACGAUGAAUACAAGAACCGACGACGAUUGAUUGAGGGUAUCCUAACUCCCAACUUUCUCAACAAGGUUGCCGCCCCUCUUCUUCACGAGAGCACUAUGCGCAUGGUGGAUUUAUGGCACGAGAAGACACGGUUGGCACGAGGCCACCCAUUCUGGGCCAUGAAAGACAUCAGUCACUGUGCAUUGGACGCCGUUCUCGGCUUCACCUUCGGUCCCGGCCUCAAAGGUCUCAGUGCAACCCAACCAAAUGUCGACUUCCUGUCUUCUAUAUCAUCAUUGCCAUCUGGUAACGACGACGCCGACGAUGACGAUGUUGCAGGCAUCCUCAAGCCGGUUGAUUUCUCACAUGCACCACCCAACCCCGUCAUUGAAGUUUUCUUCAAGAUCGCAGACAGUGUCGAGACUGCAAUGAAGUCCCCGUUUCCGGUGCUUGCACACUGGUUUCUGCGCCAGCGGCCAGCCAUGAAGACAACAAUCCAGAUCAAGGAGGACUUAAUCAAGCGUCAGAUUGACCUUUCCACCGCGCGAGUUCAGUCUUCGUCCGAGGAGCACGCAGUGCGAUGUGCUUUAGACGAAAUGGUGCGCAGAGAGAGCAGUAGGGCUGCAAAGGAGCAACGUCCCGCGGCGUUCCACACCCGUCUGUUCUAUGAUGAGUUAUACGGUUUCAGUCUGGGCGGGCAUGAAUCGACGUCCAACUCCAGUCAGUGGGCCGUGAAGAUGCUGGCACGUCACCAACCACAACAGGCCAAACUGCGCUCCAGUCUGCGAGAGGCCCUUCCUGCAGCAGUAUCUGGGAAGCGCGUACCGACGUCACAAGAGAUCAUGCAGAUGCGAUGUUCUUACUUGGAGGCUAGCAUCGAGGAGCUCUACCGCACGUCCCUAACAGCGCCGAUGUGCGUCCGAAGUACGACACAAGAUACGCAAAUCUUGGGCUGCCAUAUUCCCAAGGGCACCGUCGUCUUUCAAGUCUGGAAUCAGGCCGGAUACACGCAGCCGGGGUUUCCCGUCGACGAAGCACUGCGCGCCCCGGGUGCCAGAACGGCGGCAACAAACAAAGGCCCCAUCGGCUCUGAUUACACCGGCGACGAAUCAGGGCUGGACCCGGCGUUGUACGCGCCCGAACGGUGGCUCGUCAAAGACGAUGACGGUAGGGAUGUGUUUGACGCGACGCGCGGGCGAAAUAUGAUAUUCAGCAUGGGUCCUCGGGGCUGUUAUGGACGGAAGCUGGCAUACGUGCAGUUUCGUAUGUUUGUAGUGCUGGUCUUGUGGAGUUUUCAGCUCGAGGAGUUGCCCUAUGAGCUUAAUACCAAUGGGGCCUACGAUAAGCUGACCAGGGAGCCACACGACUGCUAUGUCAAGUUGAAGGCUUUGUCACUGUAA